AUGGUCUCACCCUCCAUGUCGCCAAUGGAGCGGCCCCCGCCAACGACGACGGCGAUCGUGAUCGCGACAGCUAUUUUGGCAGGCGUCGCGGGAUAUUUUAUUGGCCAAGGAGCAUCCAUAGGGCUUUUCGGGUCGGCGCCUGUUUCGCACCGACGCGCGCCUGCGGUGAAGGAUGUCUCUGAAGACGAAGAGAACGACGAGGAGGAGCUGGAAAGUGAGGAUGAGGGAGGUGAGCUUGCAACGUUCGAAGGCAAUGCAGAGGAGGUGAAGCUUGUUCUGGUGGUGAGAACGGAUUUGGGCAUGGGGAAAGGCAAAAUCGCCGCUCAGUGCUCCCAUGCUACGCUCGCUUGCUACAAAUACUAUUUCUCCAAGGCUCCUGACUCGCCUAUUCUCAGACGCUGGGAUAGAGGUGGUCAGGCCAAGGUUGCGCUUCAGGUGAAGAGUGAGGAAGACAUGCUACUCCUGCAGGCGCAAGCACUAAGCUUAGGAUUGUGUGCUCGGGUAAUACAAGAUGCUGGACGGACACAGAUCGCGAGCGGCAGCCGGACAGUUCUAGGAAUUCUGGGACCGAAAAGUGUUGUUGACAGUGUCACGGGCCAUUUGAAGCUACUGUGA